CCCUUCUUUUAUCUUCUUUUAUUCCAUUAGUUCUUUGAAUUCUAACUCCCUAAUAAACUUUGAAUCUACAUAUAAAUCAUUCAACUUUUGAUAAUCAACACCUCUAACCUAUUUCUAUUUCUAUGAAACCCCAAUCUUUCUUCUUUCCUUAACUGAAAACUCCACUCUCCAUCUGAUGAAAUGGUUGUGACAUUGUCACUAUUGGGCUCAAAAAUUAUUCACAAAAAAAAAAAAAAGACUAUCCAUUAAGAUUAGCUUGCCUUGUGUGUGUUAUUUUCUCUUAUUUUUCUCCUCUCCAUCACACUAAAUCAAACAAACAAAUAAACAAACCAUUCGAUUUACUUACGGUCUGAAACCUAAGGUAGAAUAUUCAUAUUAUAUGGAAAAAAUAAAAAAAUAGGAUUAAAAAAUACAAAGAAAAUCAUAUCUAUUUUGAAGCAAAAGAGAGCUUAGAAAGUGAAACCGACAAUGGCUUAGCCUAACUGGUUGGUAGCUUGUUCUAUUUGGGAGAUCACAGGUUUAAAUUUUUUUAGGAUGUUUCUGUACUCUUUAAGUUAUUGCAAGUUCAAAGGGAAAUGUGGAAACAAUUAGUGAGAUGAUGUGCAUGGUGUGGAAGCAUUGAGCUAACUUACAAUUAGGAGCUAUGGGACAUCUAUGUCUAGCAUUUAAGGAUUAAUUAUCAAAAAAAAAUGCUGAACUUCAAAGAUUUCAAUAAGAUGAGGAGAAGAGAUGAAAUCAAAGUCAAAUCAACAAUUGAUCAUUAAAUGACAAAACUAAGCUUAUUUGCACAUAGAAGGGAAAAAGAAAUCGCAACCUGAACUUGAUUAAAAAAAAAAAGCAUCCCUGAAACUUCAUUUACUUCCACUGGCUACUAUCUAGUUCCUAAGCCUUGUUAAGCAGAUUGAUAGCACAUGCCACCAUUUAUCAUGCAUCAUUUGGCAUUACCAGAAAUGACUUGGCCUUCAUAAGAGGAAGCUUCUUAGCAAGUGACUAAACAAGGAGUUAGUCUCCAAUAUAAGUUAAUAAAGGGGGUUCUUUGCCAAGGUUGGUAUUAUAACUUUUACCUUUCUACCAAUUCUUCUAUGUAAAAGGAUGAGGCAGCAAAAGAAGCCUCCCCAUCAAGUACCCAACUGUUGUAAGAACUUUUUUCUCUCAUCAAACUCAACAGCUUUUAUCCAAAUUCUAACCCCACACCCUCUCAUAAGAGUCACGCUUCCCUCCACAUACACAUUACACUCCUGAAAGCGUGAACCUUCAACCCCUCUUUCCGUCCAUUUGCAUCAGAAUUUAUAGCAGCACUCUGCCUUCCUAUUGAGAGAGAGAGAGAGAGAUGGGGGUUGCUACUGUUACUGAAUUGAAGCAGAAUGUUUCAGGAAAGAGAACAUUUCGAUCAAGUUUAAGCACCCGGCAUGCCACCGAAUGGCCCCUUUCAGAUGUUUCUAGUGAUCUCACAGUUGAAGUUGGAACAUCGAGCUUUGCACUCCACAAGUUCCCUCUGGUCUCUCGGUGUGGAAAGAUUCGAAAGCUUUUAUCUGAAGCAAAAGAUUCAAAGGUGACGCGCAUAAAUCUCCAAGGCACACCAGGUGGAGCAGAAGCUUUCGAACUAGCUGCCAAGUUCUGCUAUGGUGUGAGCAUAGAAAUCACACUCUCAAACGUGGCCAUGCUGCGAUGUGCAGCUCACUAUCUACAAAUGACCGAAGAAUUCGCAGACAAAAACUUGGAACUACGGACUGAAAUCUACAUAAAGGAAACAGUCAUCCCAAACAUUGCAAAUUCUAUAUCUGUUCUCCACCGUUGUGAGAACCUCCUUCCACUAGCAGAAGAGAUUAAUUUGGUCAACCGAAUCAUAACAGCAAUUGCAACCAAUGUCUGUAAAGAGCAGCUGACAUCUGGCUUGUCCAAACUUGAGCAUAACUUACCCCUUAAACCAAUGACAGUAGAGGUAGAGCCCCCAUCAGACUGGUGGGGAAAGGCAUUAGCAGUGCUAAGCCUAGAUUUCUUUCAGAGAGUCCUCUCUGCAAUGAAAUCAAAGGGUCUCAAACAGGAUAGCAUUAGCAGGAUCUUGAUCAAUUAUGCCCACAACUCUCUCCAAAACCUCUUGGUUAGAGACAUUCAAACAUCAAAGGGGAGCUUCUCAGAUGCAGAAACACAGAAGAAACAAAAGGUUAUUGUAGAAGCCAUAGUCAGCCUACUUCCAACCCAAUCAAGAAAGUCCCCGGUUCCGAUGGCAUUUCUUUCAGGUCUUUUGAAGACCGCAACGAUGGCCUCUUCAUCCACCAUCUGCAAAGCAGAUUUGGAAAGAAGAAUUGGUUUGCAGCUAGACCAAGCUAUUCUUGAAGACAUACUAAUCCCAUCCAACUCUCACAAUGGGCAUCAUUUGUUGUAUGACAAUGAUUCAGUAUCGAGGAUCUUUUCCGUCUUUGUGAAUUUGGAUGACGAAGAGGAUGAUGGGUCUCAGCUGAGAGAGGACAGGGAUGGCUGCUAUGAGUUUGACAGUCCAAGUUCUCCAAAACAAAGCUCCAUACUCAAGGUAUCAAAGCUCAUGGAUAGUUAUCUCGCAGAAAUUGCACUGGAUUCUAACUUGACGCCAUCAAAGUUUAUCGCGCUGGCUGAGCUACUCCCAGAUCAUGCUCGAGUCGUUAAUGAUGGUCUGUAUAGAGCUGUUGAUAUCUUCCUAAAGGUUCAUCCCAACAUCAAGGAAUCAGAACGCUACCGCCUGUGCAAAACCAUAGAUUGCCAGAAGCUGUCUCAAGAUGCAUGCAGCCAUGCAGCUCAAAAUGAGCGGCUACCUGUGCAAAUGGCAGUACAAGUCUUGUACUAUGAGCAGAUCAGGCUUCGAAAUGCCAUGAAUGGAAACCAUGAUCAGUUCUUCUUUGGUUUGGUGCAUGGUCAAUAUCCUCAAAGAUCAGGCAGUGGAGUGGGGAGUGGUGCCAUCUCCCCAAGGGAUAAUUAUGCAUCAGUGAGGAGAGAGAACAGGGAACUGAAGCUUGAGGUUGCAAGAAUGAGGAUGAGGCUGACUGAUUUAGAAAAAGAUCAUGCCUCGAUGAAGCAGGAGCUUGUUCGGGCAAAUCCUGCUAAUAAAUUACUCAGGUCAUUCACCAAAAAGCUAAGCAAGCUGAAUACACUGUUUCGUAUGAAGGAUGUCAAACCUAUUCGCGCAAAGGCUGCUUCAGAUGCCCGGUUUCUGUUUCAGAAGAGGCGGCGCCACUCCAUUUCUUGAGGCUAUGAGUGUCAUGGAUUUUUGAGUGUGUAAACUUGUGGUUGUGUUGAUUUCCAUAUAGUUGAGGAUAAAUAUUUGUUUUGCAUGAAAUUUCUUUUCUGUUUUCUGCUAACACUCUAAAAAUGUAAUCGAUUCUGAAUCCGAAAGACAUGUUCCAUUGUACAAAGUAAAUAUCAUUUUGCAGUAUCUUUGAUGAUAAUCGUCUGUGUGAUGGUUGGAAGAAUAUAUAAAUACUUGUAACUUUUUUGGAAAAACAGAUUUAGUUUGCUGCAAAUAUGAAACAUCCCUAACUCUGACGAAGAAAAUGCUAGCUGAUCAAAGAUAUUCAUGAAAUGGACAUCAAUUGUUUCAGGAAAGAACAUAUGUAACGAAACGGAAUCAGGGUAAUUCGCAGUAAUUUUGGUUAAGUAAUUGUUGAAGGGAUCCAGCUAUGAUGAGAUACAGAAGAUAAAGUGCAUUUCUGGUCCUAUAUGUGAUAAAAAAAAUAUCAAGCUAUGUAACAUUCUUUAUUUGUUUAUUCCAGCUUAUCCCUCUAACCUUUUGAAUUCCUCUUUCUGAGUGAUAACAUAGGUAUAACAGAAUUACAUUUUCGGCACUAAUCUUUCACGAAUUCUGAAGCAUGCUAUAAUCAUCACACUCAUAUCCUUCUUCAAGACUGAAGUCUUACCUCAACAAUAAACGACCUCCCAAGUGAUGCUGAGGCAGAGGCAUUCGGACUUGCUUGAAUUUGAAAAUCCUCUUUUUUUCAUGUUCUUAACAAAAAAAUGUCAGUUAUAAGAAAUAGAAAGGGAAAACAUGCGACAAAAAAAAAAAAGAACUAAAAACAAACGAGUAUUUGGACGGUGAAGGGUUUAAACCUUCGACCUUGUGGUUAAGGUCUAACCAGCUGAGCUAAUCUAGCAUUGGGAAAGAUAAAACUUGCAAUCAACAAUUUAAUGUUAUUGCAUAAAAAGAAAGGUCUACUAAAGAUCACUUUCAGGGACUAUUUGGUGGAUGCCACUCAACCUGCAGUUCAAAAUUCAUACAGAGAGAAUUGCAGAUGGGUUGAGUUGUGCAGGAUCAACUCACUAGUUAAGAUGGUGCAUGAGGGCUAGAUUAGGGUGCAGGCUGACUUAGGGAAUAGGGUGAGAGUUGAAGUCGAGGGUUGGAAUCUUCACCAUUAGAUUGUUGUCCUGAUUGAGCGUUGAUCGACUAGCCUCACCAUGCUCUCAACAUCUUUGAAUCUCAUGAACCAUCUUCAUACUGGAUCUACUUUGUGGAUGGCUGCGAUAGAUGUUCUCUCUGAGUUUUUGAAUAUUUUAGUUUUCAAUUCCCACAUAUAUAUUUAUACAAGAUUGGUUUAAUAAAUCUGGUUUAUCAAAAAAAAGAAGAGAAGGGAGAUAAUGAUGCAAGAGUGGUGCCAGUAGGAAAUGAGGUUGCAUGGGACGCCAAAGAGGAGAUAGGUGGUCGUACUAGGUUGCCAAGAUUAGGAGGCGAGGCUAGGUGGAGCAGAGAGAGAAGAGAGAUGGGACAGAGAUAAGGCGCUGGGUAUGGAGCCAGCAAGGUUAGGAACGAGGCAGGUGGGAUACCGGAGAAGAUAGAGAUGGUGGGGCCAAUGAGAUUACGAGGCAAAGCUUGGUGAGGCACUCGAGUAGUUUUAUCUGCACUUGGUGCCUUCAAACUUUAGAUUUUAGAACCUCGAACCCAAAUAUUUUUUUCCAAAGAAAUCGAGAUACAGCGUCAGAUCUGACAAUUUUCGCAGGAAGUUGGCCAUGCUCCUCAGCGUGUCUGCCUUUGGGCACCUUCAUACUGUAUAGAGUUGUUUAUUUGCAUAUGAAACUUUUUUUUUCAAGACUUUUCAAAAGAGACAUCUCACUGAAAAUGUACACAGAAUCCGGAGCCUAGUAUCCCAAUUGCAUAUGCAAGAUUAUUUUUUCUAGGUUCACAAUUCUUUGGUUGUCAAGAAAUUCAAGUAGAACAGAGAGAAUUAUGAAGAGAAGGAAGAAAAGCUAAAAAGGAGGUCCCGGACGAGCAGAAUUACUUUAGAACCAUGACCAUUUUCGUCCCAGCCAUUUUUGUCAUGCUACUUCAUAAUGUUAUGGAUUGACGAUUACAAAUAUAACAUUUUUCUCUUUGAUGAGAGGUGAGGGCAAAGCCCACCCAAUUAAUUAAAAGAGAAGUACAAAAAA